AAAUACGGAGGAGUUUACAGUAGAUUGCUGAGACGAGAAACAGAAGCAGAAAACGGAAUUUCUGGCGGGAAAUUGAAGAUUUUCUGUUUCUCCAACGGCUACAUUUUUUUUUUCCAAGUUUUUGAAAUCGUGGGUUUUUCUUUUCUUCUCUCUUUCUGAAAAGGACUAGGAAAAGAGAUGGAGAAUUCAUCACAUGGGCCUGCGAGUUUCUUCACGCAGGCCAACGCUCUAUUGAGAAAGAACAUCAUUUUCCAGAAACGUAAUAUGAAGACAAAUGUUAGGCUGAUUGCAUUUCCAUUUCUGCUCUGUUUGCUGCUUCUUCUCAUGCAAAAUUUGAUAAACCAUGAACUGGAUAAGCCCAAGAACAGAUGUGGCUGCACCUGCAUUGAUAGGGAUGGAGAUGGUGUAUGUGAGAAUGUAUGUGGGAUUGAGUACUCUACUUUAGAUCAAGUAGCCACCUGUCCCAUACCCAGCCCACCCGAGUGGCCAGCUUUCGUGCAAGUACCACGUCCUGAGUAUCGUGCUGUAAGAACUGACGUUAGUCCAUUUACGGACUUGCCAGAUGAAUCAUGCAGAAGGACGCAGACCUGCCCUGUAGCCAUCCUUCUCACUGGUGGUAAUCGAUCACUGGCAGAAAGAUUGGCGGAGAACUUAUUUAAGAGUGAUUUCUCUCCAAAUUUCUCAGAUUAUAUAACUGCUUUAUCCAAUGCCAUCCCUGGGACGGACACAGUGACUGAGACUAUAAAUUAUAUUGAGCCUGCUUUCCUCUCUGGCAGACCCAUUUAUAUUUUUCAACCUCAGUGCAUGUCCAAUUUUUCACUUUCCAUUCCUAUCAAGAUAGGCACAAGUACACUUCAGCAAGAUGUCAAAUGCGUCCAAGGCAUACAUUCAUGGCGUGAUAGUGAGUCGGUGAUAAACAAUGAGCUGUUUAAGGGUUUCCGGGAAGGGAAUCCUGAGAGGAAGAUUAAUGAAGUCAUUGCAGCUUAUGAUCUCUUAAACUCAAAUGAGAAUAUUUUUAAUCUGAGUAUUUGGUAUAAUUCAACCCUUAGGAAUCACACUGCAAGUGGUCCUAUUGGGUUGGUGCGUGUUCCACGUUCAUUGAAUAUGGCCUCAAAUGCUUACCUCCAGUUCUUCCAAGGUUCUGGUGUAAAGAUGCAAGUUGAUUUCGUCAAGGAAAUGCCCAAACCUGGAACACGGGUUAGGCUAGAUUUUUCUUCUCUUCUUGGUGGACUUUUCUUCACUUGGGUCAUCUUGCAACUUUUCCCGGUUAUAUUGAUAUCUCUUGUUUAUGAGAAGCAACGGAAUUUACGGAUCAUGAUGAAAAUGCACGGGCUUGGAGAUGGUCCUUAUUGGACAAUUUCCUAUGCUUAUUUUCUUUUAAUAUCAUCAUUGUAUGUGUUAUGUUUUGUGAUAUUUGGCUCUCUUAUAGGGUUAAAAUUCUUCACCUUGAACGACUAUAGCAUACAGUUUGUGUUCUAUUUUAUUUAUAUAAACUUGCAGAUUGCACUUGCCUUUCUGUUGUCGACGGUUUUUUCAGAUAUUAAGACUGCGACAGUAUUAGGGUAUAUAUCUGUGUUCGGAUCGGGGCUCCUUGGGGCCUUUCUUUUCCAGUUUUUUGUUGAAGAUACAUCCUUCCCAAGAGGUUGGCUUCUUGUGAUGGAGAUUUUUCCCGGAUUUUCUCUAUUUCGGGGGCUAUAUGAGUUUGCACAAUAUUCCUUCACUGGAAAUUUUAUGGGAACUGAUGGUAUGCGUUGGAGAGAUUUGAAUGAUAAGCACAACGGAAUGAGAGAUGUCUUGAUUAUCAUGUUUGUAGAAUGGCUAGUACUGCUUCCGUUUGCAUUUUAUUUAGAUCAAGUUGCGUCUUUAGGCAGUGGAAUCAGAAAACAUCCUCUAUUCUUUUUCCGGUGCUUUCGGAAGAAGCCUUUGCCAACUUUUCGGGAGCCCAGUCUGCAAAGGCAGGGAUCUAAAGUUUUUGUUGAAAUGGAGAAACCGGACGUUGCUCAGGAGAGGGAAGUGGUUAAUCAACUACUACUCGAACCUAGUACGAGUCAUGCCAUCAUCUGCAAUAACCUCAAAAAGGUGUACCCGGGGAGGGAUGGAAACCCAGAGAAGUUUGCAGUUCGAGGGUUGUCUCUUGCCUUGCCUCGAGGGGAAUGCUUUGGUAUGCUUGGCCCUAAUGGUGCUGGAAAGACUUCUUUUAUCAACAUGAUGAUUGGGCUCAUAACUCCAACCUCAGGCACUGCAUUCGUUCAGGGAUUGGACAUACGCACUGACAUGGACAAGAUAUACACUAAUAUGGGUGUAUGUCCACAACAUGACUUGCUUUGGGAAACACUAACAGGGAGAGAGCACCUGCUGUUUUAUGGUAGACUGAAGAACCUCAAAGGUUCUGCCUUAACAAAUGCAGUGGAAGAAUCUUUGAAGAGUGUAAAUCUUUUCCAUGGAGGUGUUGGUGAUAGACAAUCUGGGAAAUAUAGUGGUGGUAUGAAGAGGAGGCUUAGCGUAGCCAUUUCACUGAUCGGAGAUCCUAAAGUUGUGUAUAUGGAUGAGCCUAGUACUGGAUUAGACCCGGCUUCAAGAAACAACUUGUGGAAUGUUGUGAAGCAAGCAAAGCAGGAUCGAGCAAUUAUUCUUACUACACAUUCAAUGGAAGAGGCAGAGGUUCUAUGCGAUCGACUGGGAAUCUUUGUAGAUGGCAGCUUGCAAUGUGUUGGAAACCCAAAAGAGCUUAAGGGAAGGUACGGUGGAUCAUAUGUCUUUACGAUGACAACAUCUUCGAAUCAAGAGGAAGAGGUGGCAAACUUGGUACUCAGGCUCUCUCCAAAUGCAAACCGGAUAUACCACAUAUCAGGAACGCAGAAGUUUGAGCUGCCCAAGCAAGAAGUUAGAAUCGCUGAUGUUUUCCAAGCAGUUGAGAAUGCAAAGAGGAAGUUCACCAUCCAUGCAUGGGGUUUGGCUGACACCACAUUGGAGGAUGUCUUCAUCAAGGUUGCUCGUGGGGCCCAGUCCUUUAACGUGCUCUCGUGAUUAGUUGAAAGCCUAUACUUCUAUUAAUUCUUUGUUUGUGUGAUUUUAUUUAUAUGCCGGUGGUGGGAAUAAGAUCAUGUAAUAUAGGUACAUGUUUUGUGGGCCAUUGUUAUUCCGCGUUCUUGUAAUUAUUGAAUUAUCAUUAAUUGAAUUGGUUUAGAAUUGUUGGGAAUU